AUGGCCGACAACAUCAUCACCGCCGCCAAAAGCGGUCGUUUCAGCGAGAUGAACGGAACCAUGCUCUUCCUGUUAAUGUAUAUGUGCUUCUGCUCAUUCAACUUCGGUUAUGACGUCGGCAACUUUGGAUCCGUUCAAGGAAUGCAAGCUUUCGGUCGUCAAUUUGGCACCUGUGACAAGGAGACAGGAAGCUGUUCCCUUCAGCCAUGGUUAUCAUCUGUCAUGACCUCUGUCCCAUUUAUUGGGAAGGCCUUGGGUACGGUGACUUGCGGUAUCAUUGCUGAGCGAUGGGGAAGAAAAAUUGCCAUCAUGGGACUUAUCAUUGCUUCAUUCGUUGGUGUUCUCCUGCAAACUACGGCAACCACCGCCGCACAAUUCACAAUCGGUCGCUUCAUCUCCUUCGCCAUGACAGGCAUGACUAUCGUCGUCGUUCCCAUCUAUCAAGCCGAGACAGCCCCCAGAGCACUGCGCGGCCUGGUGACCUCUUCACUCCAGCUUAUGAUCAACCUCGGCGCCCUAGUGGCGUCGCUUGUUACGUGGCGUACCAGCUCGAUGAAGACCAACGCUGCUUGGCAUAUUCCCGUGGGUUUGCAAUUCCUUGCACCUACGUUCCUGCUCGUACUAUGGUUCUGGGUCCCUGAAAGUCCCCGAUGGCUUCUUGCUAAGGACUACGUACAGGAAGCUACCAAGUCCCUCCGCCGAAUCCGAAAGGACAAAUCUGAAGAAGACAUAGAGUUCGAGAUCCAGGCCAUUCAACACGCCCACUCCAACGAUCACAAGGGUAGGUGGGCUGAACUGUUCGAUGCUAAGAAUAGGCGCCGCACUAUGGUAGCUAUUCUCGCCAUGUUUGGACAGCAGAUUACAGGCCAGGCUUUUGCCUCGCAAUACUCGGUCAUUUUCUACCUGUCUCAGGGAUUUGGCGCAAGAAGCUUCGUCUUCUCUGUUGUUGGCUCUGUCGUAGGUCUUGCAUGCCUCUUUGUUACGUGGUUCACUGUCGACCUGGUUGGCAGAAGAGUCUUGCUGCUUAUUGGUGGUACCGGCAUGGCGAUAUUUCUAUUUAUUGUCGGAUCAGUUGGAGCCAUCCCAAACCCCAAUGAGAUACAAAAGAAUACUCUCGUGGCUUCCUUCAUACUCUUUCCCUCCUGCUAUGCCCUCUCUUGGGCGCCUGUCUCCUACAUUGUCCUGUCUGAAGCAGCAUCCAGCCACAUCAAGGAAAAGACCAACCUUCUCGCCUCCGUCAUUUCCGUCUUGACCACCUUUGUAACAUCAUUCACGCUUCCCUAUCUUCUGAGCAAGCCUUAUGCAGGACUUGGCGCCAAGGUCGGAUUCAUCUACGGAAGCUUCUGUGUAGCCAUGGUCGUUCUUGCAUACUUCUUUAUUCCCGAGCUCAAGGGCCGAAGCUUGGAAGAAGUGGAUCAGCUGUUUGCAAGUGGGCAGCCUUUGAGAAAGCUUGGUUCUCUCGAGACCAGGACAGCAGAGGAAGCUUUUGAAAGUGACUCGAAGCAACAGCCCAGGACUGAGGUGAAGGAGUUGGUGUAG